CAGGCCGGGGCGCGGCCCGCGGUCGCGCCGCUGCCGCUGCCGCGCGCGCUAAGGCGAGAGGGCCCGCCGCUGCCGCGCUACAAUAGGGAAGGAGAGGCCGCCGCCGCGGCGCGCGCGGCCGCUGUAGCAAGAGCCGCGCUCGACGCCCUGCCGCAGCCGCCGGCUCACCGCCUCGACCCGAUUACACCAAGACGUAGGGUCAAUGCGAACAUCCACCUGUCGCUGACGACGGAGUUCGCGACUCUUGUUGGUGAAACUCCACCCUCCUUCCCCUGUCCUAGUCGUCGGAGGAACGGGCCUACGUUACACGUCUCACUGCAGCCGGAAUUUGCAGAGCUCCUGGGCCUGGAGGAGUCGGACGAGGACGACGACGACAGAUCUAUUCUAUCCGCUGUGUCCUUCAGCGCGCGGUGCGUGCCUAUUGAUGAAGAGGAACGGCCGCGCUCCGCCGGUAGCACGGUGUCAUUCCGAGUACGGCCGACGUCUCCAGCAAGUGUCGUCAGCGAGGACAUCGAGGCCGACGCGACGUGGUGCGGCAACUGGCGUUCUCGAAGGGCGGCGCAGGAGCCCGAGGACGAGAUGGACGUCACGUCAUUGAGGACGGCGUUGGCGCUCGCGCGGCGCGACGCCGCCGCAGCGAGAGCCGACGCCGCCGCGGCGAGGAGACAUGCGAGACGGCGAGCGGGCGCCGCCCGAGCGGACGCUUUAGCAGCUCGAAGAUCAGCGCGCGACGCGGCCGAGGCCUUCGAUGCCGUGGCCGAGGCGGCCGCGGCGGCUGCCCGGGACGCGUCUCGCGCGCGCUCGAAUCAAGCAGCAGCAGAAGCGGCCCACGCGGCAGCUAGAGCGCAACUACGCCGCGCUAGGGACGGCGAGGUCUUCGUGGACGCGCUGGACGCGUUGGAGGCCUUCGACGACGUACCUCCACCACCGCCAAAAGUCGAGCCGCCACUGACUCCGGAAACAGCGUUGACUGCGUGCGAGCGGGCCUUCCUGCCCCAAAAACUGCAGCCGCUUUCAUUAGAUGCGUUGGCCGAUCUGGAUCGGCGCGUCCAACACCUGGGGGAUGAACUGAAGCGCCAGGUCGUCGACCGCGCGCGCUGCGGCGACGAGGCGUCCCAGUGCGCGCUGUGUUGCUCGGCUUCCAAAUCAAUUGCGUUUGUCGACUGCGGCCACGCCGUCUGCGGCGCGUGCGUCGAGCGCGUCGACCGGUGUCCUUUUUGUAGAGGGCCUGCGCAGCCGACGAUCCGCAUACACCUCUGAAUUCGAAUUCCCUUCCCCCCUGUUGCUGCUGGACAUAAGGUCUACUCUACACAAGUC